UUUGGAUCUUUCUUUUUCUCGUCUCGUCUCUCCUCACGGGAAAAUCUUUUCUCCCCCAAUUCUGUGAAUGCCAGAUUUCUAGGGUUUCGGGCUCGAUGUUCCCCGUUUCGUUCGGAAUUCGCCGAACUUCGUUGACCCGUUGCCGAUUCAUGACUUGUUCUCUCGUCGCCGAAUUCUGAAAUCUGGACGACAUUGGCUCUGUGCAAAAGAAGCCAGAGUGUGUUCUGCACUUUAUAUGAAUUGUAGGCGUGCUUCUUGAUAAAAGCCUUACUUGAUGAGGAAGAAGAGGAAAGGAAGCGAAACAGACCCAUGCUCGGAUCUACACAACUUUUUGUCGUCAACCAACAAUUCGCGAUCAUCAGUUCUUACCUCGCAUUAUUCACUUGAAGAUUAUACAAGGUUGAACAAGCGUUGCAAAGAAGAUUCCAAUGAAGGGCCUGUUGCUUCCUAUAAAAGUAGAAUUGCGGGCAUUGCCACUGCACCUCCGUGCGGGACUUCAUCUUUAGCCACACCUGGAAGGGGUCUGAAGCGGAAGAUUGGUUGUAUUGAUGUAGCUACCCAAAUGGGUAGGAAGAAUAAGAUUGAGAAUGACUAUAUAUCGGGUGCCACAAUUGGGCAUGGUAAGUUUGGUUCAGUUUGGUUGUGUCGGUCUAGGACCAGUGGAGCAGAAUUUGCAUGUAAGACUCUAAAGAAGGGAGAGGAAACGGUUCACAGGGAGGUGGAGAUAAUGCAGCACUUAUCUGGUCACCCUGGGGUUGUGACAUUGCAAGCAGUGUACGAGGAACAUGAGUCUUUUCAUCUUGUCAUGGAGUUGUGCUCUGGGGGACGCUUGAUUGAUCAGAUGUUGGAAGAGGGUCGGUAUUCAGAGCAUCGUGCUGCUAAUAUAUUCAAGGAAGUUGUGUCAGUUAUCAAGUAUUGUCAUGAUAUGGGGGUUGUUCACAGAGACAUUAAGCCCGAGAAUAUUCUUUUCACAACUUCGGGAAAGAUAAAGCUUGCAGAUUUUGGGCUGGCAAUGCGGAUAACAAAUGGUCAAAAUUUGACUGGUUUAGCUGGAAGUCCAGCUUAUGUUGCACCAGAGGUUUUAUCAGGAAAAUAUUCUGAGAAGGUGGAUAUCUGGAGUGCUGGUGUGCUGUUACACGCACUUCUGGUGGGUCGUCUACCGUUUCAAGGAGACUCUUUAGAAGCAGUUUUUGAGGCAAUAAAAAAUGUGAAACUUGAUUUCCACACUGGGAUAUGGGAAUCAAUAUCGAAACCUGCAAGAGAUCUCAUUGGGAGAAUGUUGACGAGGGACGUUUCGGCGAGAGUAACGGCUGACGAAGUACUAAGACACCCUUGGAUAUUAUUCUACACUGCACGAACAUUAAAGAAUCUUCCUAUCAAGUCGAAGACGAAGAACCAAGUUGGGGCACCUUCCCACCAGCUUGUUACUAGAGCCAGAUUAAAGUUCGAUCAAAGCAGGAUUGAAAGCAGUUCUCUGGAUGAUAAUUCAAAUUCAUUUUCAUCCUCUGAUAGUUGCAAGUCAGCAAAUCGGGACGAUUGUGGUUUGGUAGAUGCACUAGCCACAGCAGUUUCACGAGUGAGAAUUUCUGAACCGAAAAGAAGCAGAUUGUGCAGUCCCACUGGCCCAAUUGAGCAGCAGUGUUCGUCUAACAUAAAGGCUAACAAUCUCUGUAAAGCGUUUUGAUCUUGCUGACGGACUGACACCAGUAUCACGAUCUCCAAUCCUUUUUAAUGCUGGGGAACUGAAGUAUGCCUGCCCCGGUGGGAAUCAUCAGUGGGUGAAGGGUGAUAACAAGCUGACGAUUCCAGAUCAAAGUGGUAACUUGGGUGUCAUCAUAAUGCUUUGAAGAAACCCACUGUGACCCUUUUAAUUUUCCAUUAUAUUUGCUGUUUUUUUUUUCUUUUUUAACCUAAUAAUGGUUCUAAGUUCUAACCUGAUGAACUGAGAGAAUUCAUGUACAGACUGUAAAUAGAAUGCUGGAGUGUUUUCCUCUCUCACUUAUGAUAAAUGGUUAAAUAUAGUGCUUUAGUUAUUUCUAAUGUGAAUAGCAUGUGGAGAUAUUUGAAGCAAUGAUAGUCUUCUAUCUGUUUUCUGUUGAGUGAAUGUUGAUUUUAAAUCUUUUUGAUAUCUACUAGUAAUAACACAUUUCUUACGGGAUC